UGGAAAAUGCAGGACAUCAUUGAAUGUUUUGAUAAAAUGUCAUUAAUAGAAAUUCAAAAGUCUUAGUUGUACUUUUACAUAAAUGAUAAUAUAGUUUUAAUUAUUAAAUUCUUUGGGUUAUCUUUGCUGAUAAUAAAUUAGAAUCUUCAUAAAUACUAUCAAAUAAUAUUGAAAUUUAAGCAAUUUUGUUUUUCAUCCAUGGAAGGAACCGACCAUUUUUGUAACUAUAUAAACUACCACAAACCAACCAGUACAAUCAUAUCAGUUAUCAAAAGAAUUACUAAAAAAAAUUUGAAAACAAGGUUUCUUAUUUUAUUAUUUACGAGGAAAAUGGGGAAUUUUUUCCCCACAUUUUUAAUGUACAGAAAAGAGUGGUAUGGCCACUAUUUUGACCAUGCAUAGAAGAAACUUGAGAAUUGAGAAUGCUGAGGAAAAAAAACUUGUGAAAUGAGAUUGCAACAAAGAGAAAGCGACAGGGUGAGAAACAAAACAAAACGACUCAAUGGCGGUGUUGAAUUUGGUGUGCUGGUUUUAGAGUAAAGCAAAGAAAUUUCAAAUCUUUUCUCUUCUACUUUACGUGUAGGCAUAUUGGAAAAUGGCGACCUCCCCUUAAUCUGCUUUCAAGCAAAGCCAUAUGCCCACUAAAAUGGCUUCUUUAUUUCCCUUUAUAAAUUCUAACCUCUUCCUUUCUAUCAUUGCAUUAACACAAAUCACUCUAGUAAUCUUCUUCUAACAACUCGAUUGAAAUGGAUAAAUUAUUUCUUCUUUCCCUUCUUGGGCUGUUUAUCAUUGCCUAUGGAGUUUCAGGUGCUUUCGUGUCUGAUAGCGACAUUGACAUGAUUAAAGAACUUGAAAGUUUCGACAUUGAAGAAGAGGACGAUGAUGACGUGUACUCGUACACAGUCCCGGUGUGGAGAAGUGAGCGUGGGAGCAAGAUUCUGAUGAAUGUGGAUAGUUUCGAUGCGAUUGGAGAUGGAGUAACAGAUGAUACUAUGGCUUUCAGAAAGGCUUGGGAGACUGCCUGCAGCACUUCAAAAUCAGUUCUUUUGGUGCCAAAAGAAAAGACAUAUCUGGUGAAUGCGACCACUUUUAAAGGGCCAUGCAAAGAUGGUAUGGUAAUCCAGAUUGAAGGAACAAUAGUUGCACCAGAUGAACCAGAGCUAUGGGAUCCGAAGUUUCCGCGACAAUGGCUAGAAUUUACAAAACUAAAUGCAGCUACCUUUCAAGGAGAUGGAGUUAUCGACGGAUCUGGUGAGAAAUGGUGGGCAGAAUCCUGUAAAAAGAACAAGUCCAGGCCUUGCAAAGGAGCACCAACAGCAUUAACCAUUGACUCAAGUUCAAAUAUAAGAGUAAAAGGCCUUACCAUUCAAAACAGCCAACAGAUGCAUUUCACCAUUGCACGGUCUGAAACUGUUAGAAUUACGGGGGUAAGAGUGUCAGCUCCAGGAGAUAGCCCCAAUACUGACGGGAUCCAUAUCACUCAAUCAACUAAUGUUGUAGUUCAAAACUGCAAGAUUUCAACAGGUGAUGACUGCAUCUCCAUUGUUAAUGCUAGCUCUGGCAUCAAAAUGAAGGGAAUAUCAUGCGGACCAGGACAUGGGAUCAGCAUUGGAAGUUUAGGGAAAGACAACUCCACUGGCAUUGUGACAAAGGUGGUGUUAGACACAGCCUACCUCAGAGAGACAACAAAUGGUGUUAGAAUCAAGACUUGGCAGGGAGGUUCUGGAUAUGUUCGUGCCGUACGCUUCGAAAAUGUGAGAAUGGAAGAUGUUGAGAACCCCAUUAUCAUCGAUCAGUUCUACUGUGACUCUCCUACUACUUGUGAAAGUCAGACAUCAGCCGUGAAAAUAAGCCAAAUCAUGUACCGAAACAUAAGUGGAACCACAACGAGCAAGAACGCAAUGAAAUUCGCCUGUAGCGACAGUGUUCCAUGCAGCAACAUAAUUCUAAGCAAUGUCAACUUGGAGAAAACAGAUGGAACAGUGGAGACCUAUUGCCACGCUGCUCAAGGCUUUGGCUAUGGUGUUGUGCACCCAUCGGCAGACUGCUUAACUUCCAGCGACAAUAACUUUGCAUCUUCAGAUCAAACGCAAGUUCUGGAGCUGGAGACAGUGCAACUCUCUACCGAACAGCACAUUGUUCAUACUGAACUCUGAGCUUAUUGUCCUGUCUAUCUAAACUAAACUACUAAAGGGAUCAUAUUUUGGUAGAGCUUGGUUUUCAGGUGAUCACCAACUCAGGAAAUAUUUGUAGCAUAUAUUUACAUAGCAUACACAAUUAUUCCUACCCUUUUAACAUCUAAAUAGAAAUAUAGACUAUGAAGUAAAUGAUUGUACUAUCGCUAGAAGAAAAUAUACAUAUUUUGAGUUUAUAGUAAAGUUUUUUAAAACCCAAGUUUCAUAUGGC